UUCACCGACGACGUGGACUGGACCAUGAAUCUUUCGCUCUACAGUGUUAACGCGUUUCUCAUUCUUGACACGGAAGGCGCACGCGUUCUCGCAAAAUACUACCGUCCCAAAGGCCAUCCACAAGGCGAAUCCAAGCAAUUCCAAACAUUGAAAGAGCAGAAGGCGUUUGAGAAGGGUUUGUGGCAGAAAACCAAGAAAGCCGGAGGAGACAUAAUCCUAUAUGAUGGCCACCUCGCGGUGUACAAGCAUUCGUUGGACUUGAUUAUCUACUUCAUUGCUGGGCCUUCAGAAAACGAGCUUAUGCUUUCGACGGCGCUCAACAACUUUGUCGACGCCCUCACCCUCCUGAUGCGGAACCAAAUCGAGAAGCGUGGUGUUCUAGAGAAUCUUGACCUGGUUUUGCUGUGUUUGGACGAGACGAUUGACGAUGGAAUCAUUGUUGAUACCGACCCCGCUGCCAUUUCUUCUCGUGUCAGCCGACCGAGACCAGACACGACAGAAAUCAUCAUCAACGAGCAGACAAUUAUGAGCGCAUACCAGACUGUCAAGGAGAAAAUGGCACAACGGAUAGGCCAGUUGUAA